AUGGUAGAGAAAUUUGAUCCAACAGAAUCUCCUCAUAGAAGAUACAAUCCACUGACAGAUAGCUGGAUAUUAGUAUCACCACACCGCACUAAAAGACCAUGGCAAGGGCAGGUUGAAGCACCAAGUAAGCCAGAUCUACCAGUAUACGAUCCAAAGUGUUAUUUAUGUCCUGGUAACGAGAGGUCAAAUGGCGGUAGCAAUCCAAAGUAUGAUAGCACAUAUUACUUUGUUAAUGAUUUCAGCGCGGUAUAUCCACAAAAUGUUGAAACGCCAGCUGAGCCUCACCCUUUGAUCAAAACAUCACCAAUAUCUGGAAGAUGCUACGUUGUUUGCUUCCACCCUAAUCAUAACCGUACGAUUGCUCAGAUGGAGACGAAGGACGUCUUCAACGUGGUCAAGAUUUGGUGCGAUCUUUAUUCUUUCAUACCAGAAGAUGAACCAUCUGUGAAGUACAUACAAAUCUUUGAGAACAAAGGAAGCGCUAUGGGAUGCUCAAACCCACAUCCACAUGGUCAAAUAUGGUCAGUUAGUUAUAUACCAGAAGAACCAGCAAAAGCGCUUGAAAUGCAGGGCAAAUACGCCAAGAAUACUGUCGCAACUUCAUCAACGAAGGUAUCACACUUAACUGGCUCUCCAAAUAUGUUAUUAGACUAUGCAGCAUUCGAAUUAGACAAAAAGGAGAGAGUCGUUUGCUCGAAUGACGAUUUUGUAGCUGUAGUACCAUACUGGGCAGUAUGGCCAUUUGAAACGCUCGUAAUUCCAACAAAGAAACAUAUUCCUUCUGUUGCAUAUCUCAACGAAACUGAGCAGGGAUCUUUAGCUGCCAUUCUUAGGGAAGUUGCAUGCAGAUAUGACAACAUAUUUGACACUAGUUUCCCAUAUUCAAUGGGUUUAACACAGCAACCGAUCAAGAAAGAGGGUGAUGCUGAUUGGGAUAGUAACUGGGACGACGCACAGCUGCACAUACACUUCUAUCCCCCACUUUUACGUUCAGCAAGUGUUAGGAAAUUCCUUGUCGGAUUUGAGUUGUUGGGUGAGCCACAAAGGGACCUGACAGCAGAAGGUGCAGCUCAACGCAUCAGAGAUAGUGAUCCAACCUAUCCACGCUGGGCUAAGCAAUAA